AUGAAAAGUUUUAAAUUUAUAAAAUACUGGGAAGUUCAAUAUAAUAUUAUUGGAGCGUUGCUGGUGUUGGAUAUAUGGAUGUGUAGUUUAAUCCUAGGAAGGAGGACUAGGCGCAAUCGAAGUUUUAGAAUCAAAGGGCAGACUUUAACGAUAGAAGGAAAUAAUGGAGAGGAGGAUGUGAUGGGAAAAGUAACAUGGUUGCCAGUGCAGGAAUUAAUAAAGGGUUGGACUGAUAGUGAGGUAUUAGGUUUGUCAGAAAAUAAUUUAAUAAAUAGACGUGCUGAAGGUGAUGUAUUUGGAAAAUAUGGGUAUAAAAGUCAAGUGUUGAGGCCAUAUGGAGACAGAGAAAAUCUGGUGAAAAAUAGAACGGAGAUGAGACCGAGAUUUAAUUCUCGAGGGAGAGGAGACAUAACUUGUUAUAAUUGUGGUGGACAAGGACAUAUAGUUAGGGAUUGUCAAGAAACAAAGUGUUUUGGAUGCGGCAAACGUGGUCAUAUAGCACCCUUUUGUCCGCAGAAACAAGAAAGAUUGAGAGGCGCCGGGUGCGGGAGAUUUGGUCAUAAUAAAGAGGAUUGUAAUUUAGAUAGAUAUAAUACAAGGGGUGGUUUCCCGGGAAUGGAUCAACAAAAUACUCCCAUGGUACGAACUAUAGAAAAUAAGAGGAGCGAAGGAAUAAUUGUGUCGAAACAUACUGAGGAAAGAAAGGCGUUGAAUGCGAUGUGUUUUAAAUGUCGGAAGGAAGGGCAUGUGGCUAGAGAUUGUUUAAAUUGUUGA